AUGGUUUCUGAUUCGAGAAGACAGUCAAGCUCCUCCAUGCCGACUGAUUUGGUCGAUGAGGACGGUUUCGAGCGCGUUUUGACACCUGCAGAGCGGAGGUUGUUGCGGAAAAAUGCAUCGGCUGCCGCCCCUGUGCGUGAUGGUAAUGCAGGCGUUACGAAUUUUGGGUCGCUGUUGAAUAAGUUCCAAAGUCGUAUGAAGAAGCACGGCAUUGAUUUUUCGUCCUUGCCCUUAACAGCCGCAUCGGCUCUUAAAUGCGAGUCUAAGGAGGAGGAUCUGCGAGAAUUUAUUCGUGAACUUGACGAUGUUUUCAAGUCGGCACCUUUGGGCGUCGCCAAACCCAUCCAGUUCAGAACGUUGGAGGAGAUCGACAAGCGCAUUCGCGAGGCGACAGAGCAGUUCCGGCGUCUGAAGACAAAUCGUGGGAAGCCAUCUGGGAUAAGCGCUGAGGAGCUUGACAGCGCAACCCAGGAGAACGAGGUCUACAUGGCCCAUCUCCGUGAACAACGCUCCAUUAUGGAAGGCUUCCAGAGCAUGAAGACUUUCCAAGCCAAGAUUUCUCAGUACAAGCAGGCAAUUUUGGAUGUGCUUUCCUUCCGUGCCGAGGCCGAAAGACGUGCGGCAUCCAACGCCUUGAACGGCCCGAAUUCUGCCGCUACCAGGGCUGCUCGUCAGCAUGAGUACAUCUGCGGCAUUUUGCGUCGCCUGAAGGAAGAAAAAGGAGCAACGCUCGAUGAAUCGGCGGUGACUAAAUCUGAGGUGAUGAUAAUGGCAACUGCGCAUCGUUUUCAACCACCGCACAACUACUUGCGCCGCAUUAAGGAAAAGUUCUCUGUCCACAUCGACCCCAUUGCUUCAUCCAGCUCAGAACUGUCUGCGCUUCAUUUGACGGUCCACGGCGAGGAGGGCGACGUCGAAAGUUGCACCAAGUUUUUAAAAUCGUUGGAUUUCCAUUCUUCGAAGAGGGUGGCCGUCGAAUCGGAUCGUUUGAAAAAAGCUUUUGGUGGCAUAUCGGGGCUCUCGCAGCUUGAGGAAUCAUUCGGCGUGCUCGUUUUUUACUACCAGGGCGUUCUCGACAUGAUUGGCAGCAGCGACGGUUUGAAUUUGGCUUCCAACUAUGUGGAAGAAAAAAUUGCCAACAUCGACAAUAAGGAGAGCAGCGGUACAUCGUCGGCUAGAGGUGCUCGCAGCGUGCCCGCCACUCUGGCAGAACACGAUGCACGUAAGGUCGAGUUGCAAUAUGACUUUUUGAUCUGCAAAGCGCUUUCGACUCGUUUUAGACCUGCGGUUCGGACUGUAGAGGCUGACUUGGGUGUUACGGUGUCGUUCGAUGUGUCACCCAAGGAGCCCAAGGGCGCUAUCUACGUGAAUGCUGACAGCACUUACCGCUCGACGAAAGUCGCUCCCGAGGAACGCAUAAAGGAGGCCACUGCAAAGCUGCGCGAGUUCAUCGCCACCAUCGGCAGUCGUGAGGUUCCGAACAGUUCCGAUGAGGAGACCAUGUCGUUCCUCUACUCUGACGAAAUCAUCCGCAGCCGCUUUGUAUCCCAGGACUUCUGCAUUUUGCGUUACAACGGCGUGGUUCACGUGGUUGGCGUAAAUGACGCAUUGAAGGACGCGGUCACCCGCGUUUCGACCUUGGUGCGUUACAGGGCGAACAAACCGAAGGAGCUUUUCGUUCCCAUGGAGAAGAGCUUGUUACUCUCGAGUUCAACUCUGUCCGCUGUGGAGGAUUGGACCAGCGUUACAAUAAUGAUGCGCGAUUCGAUCAACGGCUUUGUGCUCAGGAUUUUCGGCAGCCCAGACCAACAGGAAGAAUGCAUUAAGCAGGUGAACGACAUUUUGAGUGCGCACACUGAGUACGCGUUCGAUCUCUUUCCCGCACAUAUGGCCGUUUUGUCCGACAACAAGUAUCGCAUGGUUCGCGACCUUGAGCAGCAGAGCCAGGUACGCAUAAUUUUGAACAAGGAGAACAACCAGUUGGUGUUCCACGGGCAGAAGGAUAAGGUUGAUGAGGCAGUGAAUGUCAUGAAGGCGUUCACUGGAAACUUCGUCUGUGUUGAUCAGACCAAGGUGAGCGACAUUUCUCUCACCGGCGACUUUUACGCGUGGCUCCGCGUUCCAAGGCGACACGUUGGUGCGAUCAUCGGGAAGGGUGGAUCGACGCUGCGCGACAUUAUCGACAACUCCGGCUUGCGCAAUAUGUUCGUGAAUCGUAGCGACAGCUCCGACGAGAUAGUGUGCCUCGAGGGCAACAAGGAGUCGGUGCAGCGUGCGUUGGAGGUAUUGGGCAACAUUUUGGAGUAUGACGGCGUCAACCAGAAGGAUCAGCCUUUGACCGACUCUUUCGUUGGAAAGUACAGCAGCUCUCACUCCGUGCUGCGCAACAACAGUCAGGUCGUCGACCGUCGCAGCAGCAGCGUGCGGUCUGCUGGUGGCAAACCCAUUGUAUUCGACUGCCGCGAUUUCCCGGUCCUCGGUAGCAAGUCUUGA